UGGCGCCGUGUUGAAGGAAAUGAGGCUCGGGCUGUGAGCAGAACGCUCCGUUCCGAACAGCUCCCUCUGCUCGCUGUACUCGUGCACUCUGUGGGUGACGGAGAGGCUUCUGCACCCUAACUAGUGCACUUUAUCAAGACCACGGAGCAGGUUAGGAUUGAGCUUUGAGGGUUUUGCUGGACGGAGAGCGGAACAGACGGCAGUGUGCGCUGUAAUCGCGGCUCUGGGGCUUUUCUGUUCAGGAUCUCUGGAAGCUGCUGUUGUUGUUGUUUGAGCGCAACGCAUCAGUGAUCGCAGCCGUUUCUUUCAGCAGGAGCAAUGUCUGACUUUGUGAUUUUAUCCCUGAUCCUUUUUCUGGUGGUGUGUCUCAUCCUGACUCUCGCUGGCUUCGUGUUUUACACCGGACUGCUGUCUCAGGUCGUGGUUCGAACAGGACCCCCUCCGGUGAAGCAGCUCACCAUUGCGUACAAGUUGAAAAAGGGCUCGUACAGGGACUGCGGAUCCGCCUUCACCGAGAGCUGCAGCAUCGCGCCGCACCUCCGCUCCAUCGCGCUCUACUAUGACAACCCCAACCAGACUGAAGUUGAUUGUUGUCGCUAUGCAGUGGGGAGUAUUCUGAGCCAGGAUGAAGAAAAACCUGAUGAGGAGUUGCAGCGUCUGUAUGAGAAGUUUGGAUUUCGGGUCAUCUCCUUCCCAGAGAUCUCCUGUGCCGUGACUUCCUCUUUCCCUAACAAAUGCACGCUGUCCCCCAUCUGUGGGGCGUACAGAGUCUUCCCUGAGCUCAACAGCUAUAUCACAGAAAGAGGCCUGUCUGCAUACCCCUUCAUUGAGAUCUGUAAAGGGGAUCUGAUCCAGUACAUGUGCCCACUGGAGAGCCAGGACAGCUUUUUUGUGCCCGAACUCCUUGAGAAGCAAACAGGCGGAGAAGAGGAAACGGAGAAUGAGAGAGAUGCUGAUGAUACACACACAGGUGAAGUCUGCACAUCUGAGAGCGGACCGGCGGUGAUGGAGGCAGUGACUGAGAGCAGUGAGAUGGGGGAGAACUCCUCACCUGCAGUGCAGCAGAGUCCACCACUGGAUGAGAGAGAUUCUCAGACAGAGGAAGGAGAUCAGGGGGCCAAGGGCUCCAGUGAGUCUGUAGGCAGUGGUUCAUCCUUUGAAGAACUGGACAUAGAGGAAGAGGAGAAGGAAAGGGAAACUGUUGAGGAGGAUCAUGUCGAAGACAAUGAGAAAAGAGGAGAUAAUGAAGGGGAGAGUCAUGAGGAGUAAAGCGUGUAUGCAUGUGUGACUUAGUUCAUGAAUCUUCUUUUCCUUGUUUUUCUUUUCAGUUUGAGGUGCUUCUUAGUCACCCAAGCCAAGUCUUAACAUAUGUAACCAGAGGGUUCAUAAUAAAUUGGUCAGUGUGACAUCUUGGCAGUUAAACACACAGCAAUCUUACUGCAGGUCACAAACAAAAACAAACUUAAAGGCAUUUUCUCAGCUCAGUCAUUUGAGUCCAGUAUCUCAUAAAAUAUGUCAGAAAAACUGUCAGUUAUUUGGAAAAAAGAAACCCUGCUGAUUUUCCCCCAUCACAGUGAACCACCUGUUUCAGCAUCUUUGAGGCAAUAAAUUAAUGACACCCAGCACAAUUAAUGUAUUUCUUUAUAGUGUAAUUAAACUUUGUGCUACUGAAAUAUCUUAUUUCUGAUGUGGAAAAUCUGUAAAGAAAGUGGAUAACUCAUCUAGGGAAUUCUAAAUAAUAAUUCAAAUUAUGUAGCCAAACAAAUAUGUAUUUUUAGAGCAAAUGAUAUGUAGACAAUGAUGUAAGGUUUGAUUUAAUUAAUGAAUGAAUUAAUUAACUGCUUUUAUUUUCAGAUUAUCUACGUCUGUCUCGUCAGUUGUUUUAUAAUGGUGUUAAAAGGAGGUGUGUGUGUGUGCACGCGUGUGUGCGCGCGUGCUCUCUGACUGUUAACAAAAACAGCCCUAACCUUACUGCAUGUGUCAGAUGUGUUUGUUAUUAACAUCCUCCAAGAAAACUCUGGACAAACUACGGUUUGAAAUAAAAUGACAAUCUAA